AUGGAUCAAGAAUCGAAGAAACAUCUUAUUCAGGAUAUUAAGCCACGUAAGAAGAGUCACCACGUGGAAAGCUUUAGUAUCGAGGACUCUCUUAUUGUAUCUGUGGAGGUAGAUAGCGAGAAUGAAAUUUCUAAAGCAGAUAGAAUCAAAGCCCUACUGCUUAUGUCAAUUUCAGCCUUCUGCUUUAUGCUUACAAUCAGUCUCUGAAAGUAUGGAUACCUGAUUAAUGAGAAGAUGAAUGGAAUGGACUAUCUUCUAUUCAGAGGAACUAUUCUGAUGUUCUUUGCAACAUUAGAAACACUUUAUAGAAAAGUUAACGUGUUUAGAGUUCCAAGAGAGAUUUAUGUCUCUGUAAUAUUUCGGUACUUAACAGGAUUAGUGGGAAUGGCACUCUAUUUUUAUGCAAUUAAGUACCUGCCUAUGAGCCAGUCUAAUGUUAUACUUAGUAUAAGUCCUCUGAUUACUGCUAUCUUAGCGUACUUUUUAUUAAGCGAGAUCCUCGUUGGAAGAGACAUUCUUUGCCUGAUUGGGGCUUUUGGAGGAGCUGUUGUUGUCAAUGUGUCAAGAAUCGGAGAAAAAGGAGUCAGUGAAAGUGAGAAUAACUAUUUGAAGGGAAUUUUGCUCAUUAUGGUUUCUAUAAUAUUUAGGUCUACUGCUCCAGUAGCUAUAAGACAAAUGUCAAAAUAUGUGUCUUCUAUCUACUCGCCAUUUUAUUUUGCUCUUGGGCUUUUCAGCCAUUCAGUAUUUCUGUUGACAUUUUGUAGAAGUUAUCUGAAUUAUGAAUACUAUAAUCUCAAAACAAUAAUGCUGUUUUCGGGGAGUGCUUUCUCAAACUAUAUUGCCCAAUCAUUAAUGAGUAUUGCUUAUAAUUAUGAAAAAGCAACUGUUCUUGCUCCAUUCUCUUAUCUUGUCACAUGUGGGUUGCUUUUAAUUGAUUGACUGUUAUUCGGAUACGAUUUCAAUAUUGUAUACUUCCUUGGCUUUACAAUGAUCCUAGUAUGAGUGCUUUCUCCUUUGCUAUUCAAAAUAAGCAAGAAGUAACUGUUCAAAUAGUUUCAAGGCUAUGAUUUUAUCUCACAAGUUGUUAUUAAAUACGAAGACUCUGUAAAUUGAAGAAUAUUUAAACUCUUGCAAGC